UCGCUCGCCCUUUACGACUUUGUGCCCCAGAAUGCCAACGAGCUGGCUUUACAGGAAGGACAGGUGAUCUGGGUGUCGUAUCGCCACGGGCAAGGAUGGCUGGUGGCGGAGGAUCCACGGACGGGAGAGCAAGGGCUGGUACCGGAAGCCUACGUGCGUCUUCUG